UAGUUUCACGCUUGUCGAGCCGCCAUUUCUGUUUUGAGGGAAUUUGACUGGCAGUGUGUAGAAGCCCUCCCAACUUUACGGAACUGUUUAGGAAUUUGUGCUUUAUGGAAACUGUGACAUACAAUCGGAUUAUGUGUUUGGAUUAACAUCGCAAUUAAUUCCCAUGUUUAAACGUCAGUGGAAGGAAUAAUUCCGUUGUGUCAUUAUCAUGGACGAUACACAAAGGCUAAGCGUAAUGCAUCCGCAACAGGGAGCUGUUAGUAUGUCAGGGCCCGAAAAUAUGAUUCAACAAUAUAAUCUACAACCUACGGGACAAGAACCUUCAGAACAACGAAAACAGGAAAUUGGUGACAUUUUACAACAAAUAAUGACGAUAACUGACCAAAGUUUAGACGAAGCGCAAGCAAGGUGCCGAAAACACACGUUGAACUGUCAUCGAAUGAAACCUGCGUUAUUCAGUGUAUUAUGCGAAAUCAAAGAAAAAACGGUACUGAGUAUAAGGAACUCCCAGGAGGAGGAACCACCAGAUCCCCAACUCAUGCGACUGGAUAACAUGUUAAUAGCAGAGGGUGUGGCAGGGCCAGAAAAAGGAGGUGGUUCAUCAGCAGCAGUAAAUGCGACAGCAGCAGCAUCCGGUGGCCAGCCUGACAGUGCUAUAGAGCAUUCAGACUACCGUGCCAAACUGGCACAAAUUCGACAAAUUUACCACACAGAACUGGAGAAAUACGAACAGAGCGAUGGGUCAGAAAUCAAAAACUCAGACUACGAGGCAAAACUCGCCCAGAUUCGCCAGGUCUACCAAACCGAGUACGGAAAAUAUGAACAGGCGUGUAACGAGUUUACAACACAUGUUGUCAACCUCCUACGGGAACAGAGUCGUACACGCCCCAUUGCACCCAAAGAAAUUGAGCGUAUGGUUGGCAUCAUACGUAAAAAGUUUGCUGCUAUUGAGAUGCAGCUGAAGCAGAGCACGUGUGAAGCUGUUAUGAUCCUAAGAUCAAGGUUCCUGGAUGCAAGGAGAAAAAGAAGAAACUUCAGUAAGCAAGCUACAGAGGUGCUAAAUGAGUACUUCUACUCACACCUUAGUAAUCCUUACCCCAGUGAGGAGGCCAAGGAGGAGCUGGCUCGCAAAUGUGGCAUUACAGUAUCACAGGUGUCCAAUUGGUUUGGUAACAAGAGAAUUCGCUACAAGAAAAACAUUGGUAAAGCACAAGAGGAAGCUAACCUGUAUGCUGCCAAAACAGCGGCUGCAGCCGCAGCUGUGGGGCACGAUGGGCAAGGUGGAGCUGCUGGUUACAACUUGGGGUCAUCACAAGGAGGCAUUGGGGGCCAGGGCAGUGGCAUGUACAUGAACCUCAAUGGAGACAACUACCAAAGCAGUGACAACUCGGUGAACGCAUUGCGGCACGUGAUCGCCCAGACAGGGGGGUACAGUAGUGACAACCUACACAGCUCCACCUCUUCAUCCAUGUACGACCAGCACAUGUCCUCACAGGCGACACCUCUGAGGAGUACAGCAGGCAGUCAUGGGGGCUCUCCCCCAGAUAUAGAUCGCAAACCGGAAGACAGCGUGGACAGCUGGACGGCCGGACAGACUUCUCUUGGUGGACAGACACCUCUGGGCUUCAUGCACAACAUGGACGGUGAUGGUGGGGAGGGAUAUAACCCACACGAGCAGGAAGACAUCAAGAGACCACUAGUCUGAGGUCAGAGGUUACUAGGCGGAGGUCAGAGGUUACUAAGCAGAGGUCAGAAGUCUGUGAAGACAGGCUGAAGUUUAUAGAAAGUGUUUCUAAAAGCAUUGAUAUGACCUAAACAGUGACAAGGCAUAUAUGAACAGCAGAUUGUUAAAAUAUGUAUACAUGUAUAUAUACAUAUAUAACAAAACUAGUGUUGUGACAAAGAUUUAUUAAAUGAAUCCCAAGAACUAGUCUUUAGUACUUUCAAAGAUGUUGUGAGAUCAUUAUUGACGAUGUCUGGGAAUUUUCUAUGUGUAAAACCAGUGUUAACCUUGAUCUUAGCAUUGAGGAAUUCUAGUCAUACAUCUUACUGGAUUCAUGAUUAAUUCCACUGUGGGAGUUCUGGAGAUUUUAUAUAUCAAAGCUACAUAUGGACAAUUGUGCAUACUGUCUAUAGCUAAUAUGUGCAAAUCUGGUGUAUAAGUAUUUGUUUAUCUAUGUUAACUUGUUUGAAAAAUGAAUGCUGAUUUGUAACUGCUAUUCAAGAACAUUUCAUCUCUUUAAUGUGUAAGCAACCUGAAAAAGAAACUAUUACCAGGUAUAUUAAAUGGCAGAAAAAAACUUAUAGCAACUGAUGUCCAUUGUCGCAGAGUUAACCUAAAUAUCUGUAUCAUGACAUUCCGUACAAAGUAGUUACCUGGAAGAUUUGUACCCACAUUGUAACAGACCUAAAGUUAGACUAUAGUUUUACCUAGAUAUCUCACAACACCUGACAACAUAUCACUGUGGCCAACAUGUUUAUCUAGACAUCUCACAACACCUGACAACAUACCACUGUGGCCAACAUGUUUAUCUAGACAUCUCACAACACCUGACAACAUACCACUGUGGCCAACAUGUUUAUCUAGACAUCUCACAACACCUGACAACAUACCACUGUGGCCAACAUGUUUAUCUAGAUAUCUCACAACACCUGACAACAUAUCACUGUGGCCAACAUGUUUAUCUAGACAUCUCACAACACCUGACAACAUAUCACUGUGGCCAACAUGUUUAUCUAGACAUCUCACAACACCUGACAACAUACCACUGUGGCCAACAUGUUAAUCUAGGUAUCUCACAACACCUGACAACAUACCACUGUGACCAACAUGUUUAUCUAGACAUCUCACAACACCUGACAACAUACCACUGUGGCCAACAUGUUUAUCUAGACAUCUCACAACACCUGACAACAUACCACUGUGGCCAACAUGUUUAUCUAGAUAUCUCACAACACCUGACAACAUACCACUGUGGCCAACAUGUUUAUCUAGACAUCUCACAACACCUGACAACAUACCACUGUGGCCAACAUGUUUAUCUAGGUAUCUCACAACACCUGACAACAUACCACUGUGGCCAACAUGUUUAUCUAGAUAUCUCACAACACCUGACAACAUACCACUAUGGCCAACAUGUUUAUCUAGAUAUCUCACAACACCUGACAACAUAUCACUGUGGCCAACAUGUUUAUCUAGAUAUCUCACAACACCUGACAACAUACCACUGUGGCCAACAUGUUUAUCUAGAUAUCUCACAACACCUGACAACAUAUCACUGUGGCCAACAUGUUUAUCUAGAUAUCUCACAACACCUGACAACAUACCACUGUGGCCAACAUGUUUAUCUAGAUAUCUCACAACACCUGACAACAUACCACUAUGGCCAACAUGUUUAUCUAGAUAUCUCACAACACCUGACAACAUAUCACUGUGGCCAACAUGUUUAUCUAGAUAUCUCACAACAACUGACAACAUACCACUGUGGCCAACAUGUUUAUCUAGAUAUCUCACAACAACUGACAACAUACCACUGUGGCCAACAUGUUUAUCUAGGUAUCUCACAACACCUGACAACAUAUCACUGUGGCCAAUUAAUUGUAGGACACUGUUACCAGAGGUCAUUAAUUGUAGGACACUGUUACCAGAGGUCAUUAAUUGUAGGACACUCACCAGAGGUCAUUAAUUGUAGGACACUCACCAGAGGUCAUUAAUUGUAGGACACCCUCACCACAGGCCAUUAAGUGUAGGACACUCUCACCAUAUAGUAAUAUUGUAUAUUGUAUACAUACAAAUACAAAAUAGAUCCUGUGAACACGGUGGAUAUUUGUAUACAAGUUUCAUUGAACAGUAUGUAACAUUCACAGUAUAAACUAUCAUAAAAUGUCAAAAAUAUGUGCUUUAUGUUCUAUUUCUUUCAUUGCUUCCAUUGCUUGUAAACUGUUGAGAAAAAAAAAAUUGUAAAUAAACAUUUUUUUAUGAGUAUAUAUAUAAAGUUCAGUAUUCAUGUGCUUGUACUAGUGUUGGUGUUACUGUGUUAGGGAGAAUAGAUGUGACUAAAAGGUAUUGUAUAUGUUACAUAGGUACAAAUUCUCCCUAGUCAAAACACCUGUAGACAGAUUGACAUAUAUAGACAAAUAGUGUAGGUGAUACAGACGAUGGACAGACAAAUACAGUAGGUGAUACACGGACGAAGGACAGACAAAUACAGUAGGUGAUACAGACAAAGGACAGACAAAUACAGUAGGUGAUACACAGACGAUGGACAGACAAAUACAGUAGGCGAUACACAGACGAAGGACAGACAAAUACAGUAGGUGAUACACAGACGAUGGACAGACAAAUACAGUAGGUGAUACAGACAAUGGACAGACAAAUACAGUAGGUGAUACACGGACGAAGGAUAGACAAAUACAGUAGGUGAUACACAGAUGAUGGACAGACAAAUACAGUAGGUGAUACAGACAAUGGACAGACAAAUACAGUAGGUGAUACACAGACGAUGGACAGACAAAUACAGGUGAUACACAGACGAUGGACAGACAAAUACAGUAGAUGAUACACAGACGAAUGAUAGACAAAUACAGUAGGUGAUACACAGACGAUGGACAGACAAAUACAGUAGGUGAUACACAGACGAAGGAUAGACAAAUACAGUAGGUGAUACACAGACGAUGGACAGACAAAUACAGUAGGUGAUACACAGACGAAGGAUAGACAAAUACAGUAGAUGAUACACAGACGAAUGAUAGACAAAUACAGUAGGUGAUACACAGACGAUGGACAGACAAAUACAGUAGGUGAAACACAGACGAUGGACAGACAAAUACAGUAGGUGAUACAGACGAUGGACAGACAAAUACAGUAGAUGAUACACAGACGAAUGAUAGACAAAUACAGUAGGUGAUACACAGAUGAAGGACAGACAAAUACAGUAGAUGAUACACAGACGAUGGACAGACAAAUACAGUAGGUGAUACACAGACAAAGGCCAGACAAAUACAGUAGGUGAUACACAGACGAAGGACAGACAAAUACAGUAGGUGAUACACAGACAAAGGACAGACAAAUACAGUAGGUGAUACACAGACGAUGGACAGACAAAUACAGUAGGUGAUACACAGACGACUGACAAAUACAGUAGGUGAUACAGACGAUGGACAGACAAAUACAGUAGAUGAUACACAGACGAAUGAUAGACAAAUACAGUAGGUGAUACACAGAUGAUGGACAGACAAAUACAGUAGGUGAUACACAGACGAUGGACAAACAAAUACAGUAGAUGAUACACAGACGAAUGAUAGACAAAUACAGUAGGUGAUACACAGACAAUACAGUAGGUGAUACACAGACGAUGGAUGAAAAGCAGAUAUAGGAGAACUGUCCUAAGACAAACAGGCUUGAUACAAAUUUCUGUUUAUAACAAAGCAAACAAAAUGGAUGUGGUUCUGUGGAAUAAACAGCAUUGUCUUGAAUAUUGCAGUUUCCUAACAAAAUUUGACUAAGAAUUUUUAGCCCUCAUCAGAUGGUAUAGCUAUUGAAAUACCCCUUAGUCCCCUUGUCUAUCGUUUGUACAUUCAUCACCCUUCGUCCCCUGAUCCAUCAUCUGUCCAUCUUUCGCCCUUAGUCCCCUGGUCCAUCGUCUGUCCAUCCUUCGCCCUUCGUCCCCUGGUCCAUCGUCUGUCCAUCUUUCGCCCUUAGUCCCCUGGUCCAUUGUCUGUCCAUUUAUCACCCUUUGUCCCCUGGUCCAUCGUCUGUCCAUCCUUCGCCCUUCGUCCCCUGGUCCAUCGUCUGUCCAUCCUUCGCCCUUCGUUCCCUUGUCCAUUGUCUGUCCAUCCAUCCGAAAACUGAUCUUAGAUCUUUCAUGGACUUUCUUUAUACAUGUAGUUUCUUUUUGUUAUCAAAGCGGUUAAAAGGAAAAGGGGAAAGAAGAAAGGAAAAGGGGAAAGAAGAAAGGAAAAGGGGAAAGAAGAAAGGAAAAGGGGAAAGAAGGAAAAAGUAGAGAAUGACCAGUCUUUUACAGGACCAAAAAAAGAUCAGUCAAAGGUGGCCAUCACUGUCCUCCUGGGAUGGGGAUGUAAUUGGGAACUUGAUUAAGUGAUGAGUGGGAUAUUGUAGAAAGGCUGUCUCUUAGAUGGUGCUAUGUAUUCCUCAGGUAUGUAGGUAGUACAGUUCUCAUGGUCAACUUGUUAUAUCACAGAGCAAAGAAAUAUCAAAUUAUUAAACAUACCUGAACAUUUCAUGAAGCCACAAUGAAUAUAGACUGGUUGUCUCUUUGGAGUAUAUCAGCCAGUAUUGAUGAUAAUGUACUUACUGUUUGUGGGGUGAUCUCCGGAUGGGGAUGACAAUGAAUGAACUUCCUGUUUAUGGGGUGAUCUCUGGAUGGGGAUGACAAUGAAUGAACUUCCUGUUUAUGGGGUGAUCUCUGGAUGGGGAUGACAUUGUACUUCCUGUUUGUGGGGCAUUCUAUGGAUGGGGAUGACAAUGAACUUCCUAUUUGUGGGGCAUUCUAUGGAUGGCGAUGACAAUGUCCUUCCUAUUUGUAGGGUGAUCUCUAGAUAGGGAUGACAAUGAACUUCCUGUUUGAGGGAUGAUCUCUGGAUGGGGAUGACAAUGUCCAUCCUAUUUGUGGGGUGAUCUCUGGAUGGGGAUGACAAUGUACUUCCUGUUUGUGGGAUGAUCUGAAUAGGGAUUUGGAAGCACAGUAUAGGCUAAACUGAAGUGACAAAUAGUCCAGACUGGUGUUGAGUGACUUGAUGACAACAGUUGGUGAGACGAAACCUAACAAUAGUCUGUCAUAUAGGCAGUAAACCAGUACCUUAGUCCAGACUGUCCUAGUCACCUGUAGUUUAGGUUAAUCAAGCACCACUACUUUUACCUUCCUGAAUUUCAUUUUUUGUUUGUCAGAUUUUCAAAGGAAAGUGAAAUAUUGUAGCAGGGCAUACAUGUAGAUAACACCUUAUAUUGUUAUAAUAACAUAUCAAGCUGGGCUGUAUUUUCAGGUUGUAGUGCUAGAUUUUCUGGUUUGUGAGAUGUAGGGUUGUGUGUUAUAUUUUACUCUGGCUUUGCUGUGCUUGUUAAUGAAUUACUAUAGUAGAUUAUUUAUUGUCAGUGAAUCUAUAUUGCAAUUAACUUUGAAGUCAGUCAUCUAAAACAAUGACAUUCAAAGUUCAGGUACAUAUAUAUAAGAUUCUCAAAACUUUUUUCAAUAUUUUCAGACUGUAGUUUACUCUAGGUUGAUCAAGAACCAGUGCUUCACUAUGGUAGUUCAUCGUUGUCCCAAUAGGGUAUUAAUUUUCAAUGGAAUAAUAUUUCACGGUUGUCCGAGUAGGCCUAGUUUGUGGGUAUUAAAUUUCCUGGGGUUAAUAUUUUACCGUUGUCCAAGUAGGACCUAGUUUGUGGGUAUUAAAUUUCUGGGGUUAAUAUUUCACCGUUGUCCCAGUAGGGUAUUAAUUUUCAAUGGGUUAAUAUUUCAUAGUUGUCUCAGUAGGCCUAGUUUGUGGGUAGUAUCUCGCUGGGUUAAUAUUUCAUAGUUGUCUCAGUAGGCCUAGUUUGUGGGUAGUAUUUCGAUGGGUUAAUAUUUCACGGUUGUCUCUGUAGGCCUAGUUUGUGGGUAUUAAUUUUCACGGGGUUAAUAUUUCACAGUGAGUUUGUGGGUAUUAAAUUCUGUGUAACAUUGACUUGUAAACGUUCUGCAGUGAACAUUUCAGUACAUCCGUGUUUAUUUUCUCCCUGUAUUCAAUAACCGCGAAAAUGGGCAAAAUCCCUAGUAUCAAAUUAACAGUCUAUGCAAAUAUAUUGGUGUGUAAUAUUUUCCCACAAAUAUUUGAUCUUGUAAUAGGAUGAAACAUGGACAUUUAUUUUGAAAACCAUGGUGACGUAAUAUACAAGAGAUAUUUCAUUUUAUAAUACUUGUCAUAGUAUAUGAUAUAACUAUAUCCAAUACAUGUACGAACUUCAAAUUGUAAUUAUUCAUGUGACUUUUCAUUUAGCACAGAAUUAAUUUAUUAAUUCCAAGAAGUCUUACAAGUCAGUUAUGUAGAGACCUAUGAAAAUAGCCAACACCGGGGAUGGUAUUAUUCCAAACUUAUUACAAUCAGAGUGUUACACAAAAAACAUUUAAACUCAAAUUAAGCAAAAUUGUAGUUUGUUUAAAAGUAUAAGUAGGUUUUGAGAUUACAUCUUAUUUCUAAGGAGUCUGUAUACCAGGUAACAGUACUGUAAGGACCGUGUAUACCAGGUAACAGUACUGUAAGGACCAUGUAUACCAGGUAACAGUACUGUAAGGACCGUGCAUACCAGGUAACAGUAUUAACUGUAUGUAUACCAGGUAACAGUACUGUAAGGACCGUGUAUACCAGUUAACAGUAUUAACUGUAAGGACUGGAAUUAACUACAUAACAUAUGAAAUCACUACAAUGAAGUAUAGGGAUUAAGGUUGUCUUCCAUUGUGUUUAACAAACACAUGAUUUUAGAUAAUUUGUUGAAUGUUUUGUGAGAAAAUGGUGCUGUAUGUAUACAAUUAUGUGUUGUUGUAUUGAAUUGAAUUGGUCUGCUUCAAAUAUUUUAGUCAAGAACUUUAAAAAACAAGGAGUGUGCCAUAUUACUUCUUCAGGGAAAUGAUAGUACACUUGAAACCUUUGUCAUAAUUUCCAUUUUCCCACAUCUCCACCAGUAUUUGUAAACUCAUAGAUUUGCGAAGUUGAAGAUAACCUAGAUGUGCUUAGACUAUUCUUACUUUGAACAGCACACCUGAACUGAUCAUACUGGUAUCAUAGGUCAAGUCAUUAUUUAGAAAGCUUUUGUUUUACCGUAUUUAUCUGUAAAUAAGCCCCACCUUCAAAUAAACCCCUCUUUCAGUUGUUGCAAAAUUAGCAAUUUUAAAACAGCAACCUGAAAGUGGUUCACCAACACACUCUGACACCACUUGGGAUCAGUGUCUAAGGGUAAUAGUCGCAUCCCCAGUAAUUUUUCAUAGUUCACAAACAAGCCCUGCCCAAACUUUUUUUUAAACUUUUAGGGAGAGGGCUUAUCAGUGCAUAAAUAUAGUACUUAACUUUUACAUUAGGGAGGGAGCUUAUCUGUGCAUAAAUAUAGUACUUCACUUUUACAUUAGGGAGGGGGCUUAUUUGAGGAUAAAUAUGCUUUUCCUUUUUGAGGCAUGUACAGUAUAAUAUACAUUUUGCCAAAGUAAUCAUUUCUCGGCAUAUCAUUAUCAUGUAUCAGUAUGAACACUGCUUGUAGCCGUUUUGUUUUGUAAAAGAGAUGAGGAAAAGCUGAAUAAACAUACAUAAAACUUCA